AUGUCCGAUUCACUUCCGCUGGCAGGCAACCUCUCCCCAUCUUCGUUUUCAGUCAGUAAUCUCAAGGCGAACCGUUCGCCUGGUAUCUCGGAAAACCUCUAUCCACAUACUCCUACAUCUCCUCCGUUGAUGUCAGUCGGUGCGCAGAACUAUGCCUCCAACUUCGCACAUACGCAUACAUCCCCCAGCCACACGACGACGUCAAACGGACAGCCUCUCUCCUCUCCUCCCUCAUCAACCCCCAUGUCUACUCAAAACUCACAGCAGCCGACUGUGAGUGUAACAACCUCAUUUCCUACGCCGGCAAGCAGUGUCAGCGGUCAUCCACGAAACACGACCCCAGCAGAUGACUCGGAACUUGCCGACAAGUCCUGGGGUCAAGGCGUACAGAACUCGCAUGCGACAGGCAACACGGACCUUGGUAACGUUGACAAAUCAGGAUACAGACGUACAGACCACGAUCGGCAUAGAUUGCCUGAAGGGUUCGAUACGGAAGGCCGACCACAAGCCGCAGACGUCGACAUGAUGGAUAUCGACUCGAAGGAGGACAAUUCCUCAAUCCGCGAUUCCAGUCUCGAUGCGUUGCAGCAAGAUAUUGGCAUGGCCUUCCAUCUUUGCAAAUCUGUUCCUACAAUUACAGGCCCGGAUCCGAGCUUCGAUCUUAUAUCGUUGUAUGGGCUGGGACCGAUUGGAAGGUCAGUUAUGAGAGCAGAUCCCACGACAGGUGAAAAAAUCAACCGGCUUCGCAAAUCGUAUGAGGGCAAGCUGAAAGGGCUUGGCCUGUCCGGAAGGAAUAAGGCCGUGAAAAACGAGAACCAGGCAGGAGGGUUGCGACACUUGAUGAUGUGGCCGGAAGAAGAAUGGCAGAUUCAAAAAGUUCAUGGCAAGGAGAUAAAAGUCGCAGAAGCCGAAUCCGCGCCCCAGAAAUUGCAAAUGCGGGCCAUGAAGCUGGAAGCUGGACCCCUUCCGAAUAGCGAGUACUGGGAAGACAUUUUAGGUCACGAGAAGUCCUCUAAGCAUACCAAUGUUGAGAGUGGAAAGAGGGCAGUAUCAACACCGAAUACCCUUCGUCCAACGGUCCAAACGAAUGGAGUCCCGCCAACGGCCGCAGCACCCGAGCGUGCGCGUCAUACCCGUGGAAAGAAACGGCAUUACGAUGACAAUAGUUUCGUUGGCUACGGCGAGGGCUUUGUUGACGACGAUGAUGAAGGGGCACUAUAUUCAAAUAGUGAAGACAGGAGUGGGAAGAAAAAGCGCAAGAAGGAACAUAUCAGCAAAAUGUCUCCUAUGCCAGAACGGACGGGAAGUUAUGGGAUCGGCAUGUACGGUAUCGGGGCAAGAUGA